AUGCCGGAAAGAAGCUACACCCAAAACCACUACGAAGUCCUUGGCCUCCCAUCUAACCCCUCUACAAGCAAAGACCUCACAGACCAAGACAUCCGCCACGCCUACCGCCGCGCCCUCCUCCUUCAUCACCCCGACAAAUCCCGCCCUUGCCCCGCCUCACCGUCGACUUCAAAAUACACCAUAGACGCUAUCACCCUCGCCUACAAAACCCUCACUGACCCCAGCGCCCGCUCCGAACACGACCUCUCUCUCAUCACAUCGUCGUCCGCGACAAGAGUCCCGGUCCAACCCUCACACCCAGGCCUGGAAACCGUGGAUCUAGGUGACAUGGGCUAUGACGAGAAAGAACAGAUGUGGUAUCGUGGCUGCCGGUGUGGGAAAGAUGGUGCCUAUGUGAUUACGGAGGAAGAGUUGGAGUUGAACGCCGAGUAUGGGGAGACGAUUACGCCCUGUCAGGGAUGCAGUCUUUGGUUGAGGGUGACUUUUGCUGUCGCCGAGGAUGGGUGA